AUGGCUGAAAUAUUCGGGAGCAGAGCUGUCGAGAACCCAGUGUGGCUGUGUGGGCCGGGAGGGAACGCCCGUCGAGCGUCGAUAGUGUUUUUCUUCUUCUUUUCAAGCGGGACCUCAGUUGCACGUGAAGCAAGGCGACAACCAAAUACAGCAGCCAGCAGCUUUGCGCAGUCUUGUCCAUAUCCAUGGAGCCAUCUCGCACACCGGGCGGCACAACCGCACAGCCAUGCUAUAUCUUCUCCUCUUCCUCAGCCGUCCGUCUCCAUCGUCAAGGGUGCCGGAGCACCGGAGCAGCUAGGGGAUACGGCGGCGCCGGCAAUGGCAGCGACCAGAGCAUCACCGUUGCUUCUCUUGCUGCUCAUCAUCCAGCUAAACAUGCUCUUCCACCUCCCCGACUCCUCCUCCCCCAUCACCGCCCUCGCGCAACCAGCUGAUGAGCAACAGCAGAACACCAAGCAGCAUCGCCAGCCCGCGCUGGUGCAGUGGACGUGCAACUCCACGAGCUUCUACGACGUCUGCAUCGCCGCGCUCGCCGCGGACCCGUCCAGCUCCACGGCCGACGUCCCGGGCCUCUGCGCCAUCGCCGUCUCCGCCGCGGCCGCCAACGCCUCCGGCACCGCGGCCUUCCUCGGCAACGCCAGCGACGCCGCGGCCACGCCCGAGGCGGACCGUGCGCUGCUCCGCACCUGCGCCGGCAAGUACGCCGCCGCGCGCGACGCGCUCCUGCAGGCGCGGGCGUCCCUCGCCGAGCAGGCCUACGACUACGCCUUCGUGCACGUCAGCGCCGCCGACGAGUACCCCGCCGUGUGCCGGACGCUGUUCCGGCGCCGCCAGCAGAAGCAGCGGGCGAGCAGGCCGUACCCGCCGGAGCUGGCCAAGAGAGAGGAGGCGCUGCGCCGCCUCUGCACCAUCGCCCUCGACAUCAUCUCCCUGCUGCAAAAUCAGGAGCCCCAGUAA